CGCAUAUAUACGCGACAGGACGCAACUUUACAACGACACAAUGGCUGCUGAUAUGGAUGCCACAAAGGGGCUGGAGAAGGAUGUAGGGGGAAGCGCGGAUUCAGUCCAAUCCAGCGACGCAAGAUUUCAGACAGACAACAGCGUGUCAAAGAAACCGCAGCCGAGACAACAAUUAUCGAAAGCCAUGGAGCACAUGCGCUUCGCGGUCACUGCCGACCCCAUUCCACACUCGGCUUCUACACCAAAAUCACAACCACCACAGUCUGAAGCCACAGACUCCACGCAAGAGCCCUCCUCCACUUCCACCGAACAACAACAGCCCCCCGCCGAAAACGACGCCUACGGCGUCCCUGCCUCCUUCGCCCCCGUCCGCGCUCCCCAAUCCCGCUCGCACGAUCCCACCAACAACCAAAAGCGCAGCGACCCUUUCGCCUUCGGCUCCCGGUACCUCGAGGAAGGCGACGACAUUUUCGAAUUCAACGCCUGGGACCACGUCACCGUCGACUCCACCUACCUCGCCUUCUCCGAAGAGCAAUACUCCAAGCAGCGUUCCGAACCCGUGUCUGACUUUGACCGCUCGCGCUACAAUGCUCAGCCUGAAAAAUGGUGGAACCAGUUUUACAAAAACAACAAGACAAAUUUUUUUAAAAAUCGAAAGUGGCUCGCGCAGGAGUUUCCGAUCUUAGAAGAGCUCGGCAAGGAAGAUGGCCCAGAGGCUACGCUGUUGGAAGUGGGCGCUGGCGCGGGAAAUAGUGCGUUUCCGAUUUUGCAGAGGAGUAGGAAUCAGAGGCUCAAGAUUCAUGCGUGUGAUUUUUCGAAGAAGGCGGUUGAGUUGAUCAGGAAUCAUGAACUCUACGACCCGGCACGUAUCCAGGCGGAUGUUUGGGACGUCGCGUCCCCUUCUACCGCUGAAAACGGGGGUUUACCGCCUGGCCUGGCGGAAUCCAGUGUCGAUGUCGUGCUCAUGAUUUUCAUCUUUAGUGCGCUGAGUCCGGAGCAGUGGGCGCAGGCUGUGGAUAAUAUCUGGCGCGUACUCAAGCCGGGUGGGCAAGUGCUAUUUCGAGACUACGGCCGCGGGGAUCUCGCCCAGGUGCGGUUUAAGAAGGGGAGGUACUUACAGGAGAAUUUUUAUGUGAGGGGAGAUGGCACGAGGGUUUACUUUUUUGAGCAGCAGGAGUUGGAGAAUAUCUGGGCUGGCAAGAUGUCGUCUGGUGGUAGUGCAGAGGAGGAGGAGGAGAAGGAGGAAGGGGGAGAGGGCGCGGAAUCGCAAUUGCAAGAUCAAGUCAAAAAGGUGCGGCUCGAAGAGCAGGCGGAACAAAGACAUGUCUUUGAGGUUGCGCAUAUUGGGGUUGAUAGACGCAUGUUGGUGAAUCGGCAGCGCAGACUGAAAAUGUAUCGCUGUUGGAUGCAGGCAGUUUUUCGCAAGAAGGGGGGUGAGAGUCAAGUUCCCACCAGUACGCUGCGGCAGGAGAAGAAUGAGGGAGAGGAGGGGGAGGAAGAGGAGUAAGUUUGGAUUCAAGGAUAGAUGGAUAGAUUGGGGGUAAAUGAUACCACUUGCACAUGCACAUACAUACAC